UUUCUUAUCUUUUGUUGUAAAUUAAAAGUCAGAUUCAAAAUAAACUGGAUUUUUCACUAAUAAAUAGGCAAGGUUUACCUCUGUAAAUGCAGGAUACUGAGUGGGAGGAAUAGCGGGCCUCUGUGCACCUGCCUGUUCAGACUUAGAAGGUCUCAGCUCUCAAAGGAGAAUGUCCGGCAUGCAGAGUGGUGCACUGCAAAGUGGCCCAGCAUCCACUCUAUUCAUUGCAAUGAUCAAACAUUUUGUAGUGGGGAAAGUCAUGCCAUGUAUGUGUCCACCCUCUGACACCUUGCUUUGAAUAUGUUUUACUUCAGCUAACCCACUCCUGUUUCUUUCAGUUUAUGGAAAUGGUGGCUUGGUAAUUUUGCCCUCUCGGAACACGGAGUCCAGGGACUCUGGUCCUGGUUCUGUCGUAUGAUUCCAAGACUGAAACAAGCGCAUGUUAAAUACGCCCAAACGCAGGUGUGCUCUCCGCUCUGUAGGAAGGUGCUGGCCUGUCCGAGAUGCAGCAUCCGCGCACAUGGAGAGGGGGGCCUGAAAGGAAACCAAUCUUUGGUGCAUAAUUAGAACGGGAGCCCCAGUAAAUCAGAUUAGCACCUUGCAUCUAUGAGGCGUGAUGAGACUUCCCUUUUUUUUAAAACGUCACUCUCCCUGCCCCCUCCCCGCCAGCAGGGAUAGCGAGGGGGGCCUGCCGCUCCUGACAGGCCCUCCUGCCCAGGCGGGCGGGGAAGGCUGAGAAGGAGCUGAGGGCCCCGGGGUGGGGAGGCUCACUGAUGCCGACGCGCGGGGGCCCGGAGGGCGCACUCCGGGGAGAGCGGGGAGCCUGCGGCGGGGCGCGCGGGCCCGGCUCCGGCGGAGGGGAAGGCGCACCCCCGGCCCGCAGCGUCUCCGACCGCGUCGCUCGGCCGCGGCGGCGCUGGGGCGCAGGGCUGGGAGGGGAGCCCCGGCCCCGGGGGCGCGCGGGGGGUCGGCGCCAGGCCGCGCCCGGCCCUCGAGGCGCGGGGCCCGGCCCGGGGAACGCGCGCGCAGGCCUGGGGCUGGCUGUCGUUGGAAGAGGACUGUCAGAAGGAUCUGGAAAGCACAGUUUUGCUGUGAAAAGCAAAGAUCUUUUACCUACGCAUUUUACAAGAAAUGUGCAGAAAGCCAUUGAUAAAUAUGCCUGUGAAUCCGUGUCGUCAUUUACAUCAAGUGGAAGCCCCACGCCCACAGAAGCCCACAGCUCUCGGUCUGGGUCUGGGGUGCAGAGUUCUACCACUGGCCUAUCUACUGAGAGGAGCUCUGUUUGGUCCUGGAGAGAUGAUGAGUUUGACAGAGCCAAUGCACGGAAAGUUCAGCAAUUAUUCUGGGAAGUAGAGGAAAUAUUAUUUGAAGGGAAAGUAAGCCAUCAGACUCAGAAUCUACUGGCUGAAUGCAGCGAGUGGACGAGAAGAUCCCUCCAUCUGAGAGUAUUAGGAAAACAGCUCAUCCGGCCAGCUGAUGAAGGGUUCCAACAUUUCCAGGGCAGUGAGCCCAGUUCGACAGUCCACAAACCCUUCUUUGGUGCCUGUGAACAUAACAGCAACAUUAGAGAGUUGUGCGUCUCUGGCUCGCAGAUACACCCGGCGGUUCCCUCAGCCCCUGCCCGGCUAGGCCCUGACUCCACAGGAGUAGCCGAUGGAACGGCACUGUCGCCCCUGGAAGAAGAGGUUUAUGAUGUGGAUGGGAAGAUGGAAGAAUAUUUUGCUUUUGACAGAGAAGAAGAUGGCGAUGAAUGUCUUGAACAAAAACCAGCUCCGCAUCGCAGGGCUCGGCGUAAACACGGACUUCCUCCCAUUUCCCCACAUGACUGCAUCAAAGAUGCCGUGGCUGCAGAGGUGUUUGAUCACGUCUGGACAAAUGUGGUAGAAAUAUUGCGAAAGUUGAUUAGAAAAAACUGGGAAGUUACUCUCUCAGAAGGAAAAAAACAGAAAGAAAAGCUGAAGGCAGCUGAGAACAAAUCUCCACAUGUCCUUGUGCCCCGUAUUAAUCCAGAUGUGCCGAGUGUCCCUCCAUCCAGAAGUUCUGAGACUCGAAGCAUAUCUCUGGCUUCUCAUCUUAACCCACCUCAGAUUCAUCGCUUCUCCAACAACUUUUAUAGUGAUUUGAAUGGUGUGAUGACAAUUCAAGCAAAGCCACUCCAGCAGAGACCGACCUAUUUUGCAGACAGAACACAGAAUGAGCACGAGGACAAAGCCCUGGGGGUCGGGGCUGGUGCUCUCUGCCUGGCCCGGCACCGGCCAGGACGCAUCUCGGACACCCGCGGACUUCAGACUUCCACAAAGAAAACGCCAGCACACAGAAGGCUGCCUUCCCUUACUGCAGAGCCACAGAGAAUGAAAACCCCCUGUGUGUACAGUGAUGAAGUCCUUCGGGGAUCAAAACUGCAAGCCAGCCUCGACCACGUGUGCUCCCCACCACUUCAGGCCUCACGGAGCAGGUUACCCCCAAUAGGCUCAGAGAUUGGUGAACCAAGUGUGGCAGUUCCCGGACCUCGCUCUCUUUCUUACCGAGGAAGGCAUCCACAAAACCGAGUGUUAAGUGCAAUUCCUGACAGUUUAGAACGGUCCCCUCUUCGAGAAAGAUCUCUGACCACAGAGCGGUUUUCAAGACCCAGCACAACACAUACAUUUCAGUCAGAUACUCCUCAAAAAGGCUCCUUGACCCUGAUGGAGUUUGCUGGUCACACGUGGACAGGCCAAAGUUUUCUGACAGGUUCACAGUAUCCACUGAAAUCUUUUCAGAAGACAACUCUGAGUUCAAGAAAGAGAUUCCAAGUGGCAUCCUGAUGUUACUACACCAGAACCAGAGUGCUUGCUGGAGUCUUCCAAGCCUCUACACCAUUCAUCACUUGACACAUGGAAGAACAAGUAUUAUACAGUGUAUCUGCUUGUCUGACUGACUGAGGUGUUAGACUGAGAGAAAUGCAAACAAAGAACUUAAUUUUGACCACUUUGCAUUGCACAGUGCAUCCAAGUCUAACUCACCAACCUCCUAUACUGGAAGCAUUCCAGUAAAGGUUCUUCACGGUUUGCUCAGAAGAAUCUAGUAUGUGUUGCUGAUCCAUCAUUUUAUCAAGUAUACACAAACACACACAUAACUACUUACUACAUGAGAGCGUAUUAUCUAGGAAUAUGCCAUUUUGUAACUUGUGUCUUGACAUAUUCUUUGUCUCAUUGAAUUAUUAAUUCCAUCAAAAUCUUAGGUUAUUAAUAGACCUUAGUCUGUUCUUUAAAAAAUAGCAAAGUCAUCUUGGGUACAUAUGCCAGUUUGGCUAAGAUUCAGAUUGUUCUAGUCAUCAUGCUGACUUCCUUAUGCCUUCCGGAAAUAGUACUAAAGUCACAAAUCUCAAGGAACAUCAGUGGCUAAGUGUCCCAAGCCAAUUCUGUUUUAUGAGUUUUCACGUUCAAAUUCAGGCAGUUCAUUUAAAAGCAUCCCAAACUGACUGAUUUUUAAAGCUGAGUAGAAACAUAAUUAAAAUGUAUCACCCAUGGUUUCAUCGUUGUCGUUUUCAAUGGAAGUGUUCGUCCCUGGGAGGGAAGGCUUUGGGGCGGGGCCUCCUUAGCUCCCCACAGUGCAGCCUUUGCUCAGAUGUCGCCCCUGCAGUAGAGCCUUCCCAGGCCCCUCCGUCUAAGGCAGCAGCUCUCUCCACUCUCUGUCCUCUUGCCCGGCUUCGUGUCCCUUCAGAGCACACACAUCCCUAUCUGACCUUAAUAUAGACAAGGGAACAUAUUAGAGGAGAAAGGAUCAACGUGAGGCAAUGCUCCUGGGCCAUUUUCUUGGUUUCUUCUUCCGGCAAGUUAUUUUCCUUUAUUGUGAUUUCAGUCCUUAGACUCAUUUUGAUAUUCUCAGGUCUCACAUCACCAUUUCUUCUUUUCUAUCAGAUAAUUAUAUUUAUCAGUCUAACUUUCAUUAAUCCAAAACGAAGCUUUAUCUAUAUCUAUCUAUCAUCAUGUAAAUGUACAAUAAAUUGUUUGCAGACACAUUUCUCAUUGAAUGAAGAGAGGAUCUUUGCCAAUUUACAGAUGUGUGGAAACUAAAAAGUGUGUUGGCGCUGGAAUUAGUGUUGCCCUUUCUUACUGAGCGACAUCACAGAAUGGCCCUAGAGCCUUGCCUUCUGCGGGUCACUCGUCUCCCUUCCCUACACCGUUUUCCAUAGCAAUGGAACACGUUGGUGUGUGAGGAUGGUCACUGUAGCCAUACCUCUUUCGGACAGCCACAGCUCCAUAACUCCAGGUAAUAUUCCAAAUGCUUAGUUACCUACACAAAGCAGAAUUUUGAGAAUUUUCUAAACUAUCCCUAAACAUUAGCUGUACAGAUUUCCAAGAGGAACAUAUCAGUCUUAAUUUAGCAGUUCUCAAACACAAGCAGUCCCUAGACAUGGGAGCGGUCUGGAGACCCGUGCCCAAGGCUCUCCGGCUGACGCUCUCUGGUCCUUAAUUCCCGCUCACUGUGCCCUUCCCAGCCACCCUGGUCUCUCAGAACCAUUCCGGCUAUUCCACGUCAACUUCCAGGAACUGUUCAACACCUUCCUGAAUCAGCCUAGGCUUCUUAGAAGGGAAAAUGACUGAUACACAUCUGAAACUAACAUUACGGUAAAGUAUCCAAAAUAAAUUAUUUCUUUAUGAAGAACCAUUGAAGAGAUUUUACGGUAGCCUUAUUUGGCUUCAGAAUUUUGCAGACAAAAAUCUAUUAUUUAUAACUGAUUUAAAAAAACGUGAAAAAUAGAACCAAGUACAGUGAUUUUGAUUGUCUCCUAAACAUUUUUAAUCAGAAGAUAAUUCUACCUCAGAGAUAAGGAAUUGGCUGUGCCACUGAUUUUAAGAAGACCUGCUCAUAGCAUAUAUUUUUAUACCUGUAUUAAAGAUAAUAUUUUAUUUAGAGGUUAAAUAAAAUUUAGAGGUUAGUAAAUAAUGCUUUUAUCAAGGAUGGUGCUUUUCAAACUAAAUAGGUAAACACUAGAGCUGUGUUCUCAUAAUAAUCUACUUUGAUAAAUGAGUCUUAGAAUUUCUCUGUUAAAAAUUGGAAAAGGCAAAUUGACUUUUAAACUCUUGAGAUCAAGUUUAAAAUUAAGGAUAGUGACUACAUUAAUUAAAGAGUGUUAAUUUAUCCAAAACCAAACAGGGAAUGCAGAAAUUAAAAAUAAUAUAAGAACAUAUAGAAUUCCACAGAAAACUGUAGAUUUUACAAAUUCAGAAGUAUCUAUACUGAUGUUAUUCUGAACUAGAAUAGAGUUUCUAUACUAAUUAAGAAGUACAUUUUAUAUCAUGAAACAUUUGGGUAUUACAUUUGUAUUGUCAUCAUUUUCUUAUAACUACAGAUCAUUGUUCAGGAUCUUUAAUUCUUUAAUUUUUAAUAAAAUAUAAAAGUGCUGAAUUUUCAAAA